AUGCAUUUCAUCAAGGCUGUUGUCUGGGGUAUAUCCCUUGCUGCUGUCAACGCGGCUGCUGUGCCUGCAGAUGGAUCUGGUGUUACUACGUGCGAGUACUCCGGCGGCGAUCGAGCCUGCGAAGCUCAUUGCAUUGAGAAGGGUAAAACCUUUCCUGCUACCACCUCAAAGCCUGCUACUACUUCAAAGCCUGCUACUACCUCAAAGCCUGCCACUACCUCGAAGCCUGCCACUACCUCGAAGCCUCCCACCACGACUUCAAAGCCUCCCACCACGACUUCAAAGCCUCCCACCACGACUUCAAAGCCCACUACAACUUCCAAGGCUGCGACCACCACUUCCAAGGCUGCAACAACAACCUCCAAGGCUUCAUCAAGCUCAUCUUCCUCCAGCGCCAGCUCCAAGGCUUCUACUUCUACUAGUGCCCCUGCUUCCACUAGCAAGGCUUCUACCUCCACCAGUGCUGCCGCUUCUACAAGCAAGGCUUCAACCAGCACCAGCUCAGCUGCAGCUUCUACUAGCUCUUCUGCUUCUACCUCUGCUGCUGCUUCCACCUCGUCCUCUGCUGCUGCCUCAUCCAGUGUUGCAUCCAGCCAGGCCACUGGUGCCCCUGCUGGCGGUGUGACAACCUCCACUUCCGAUGAUGAGGAGUCCACUACUAGCACUCCUGCCAGCGAGUUUUCCAGUGCUGCAGCUUCUUCAAGCACUGCUGUGACUUCUGAUGAGUCUGACAACGAGUCUACCAGCUCCGAAGUCGGUGGCAGCACAUCUGUUGACCAGACCUCCUCUGAGGCUACUAGCAGUGCUGCUGCAAGCUCCACUACCGCGGCUGAUGACGAGACUACCACUGUCGUAUCCUCUACUUCUGCUGAUCAGUCUUCUUCCUCUGACGCUGAGACUACUACUGCUGCUGACGAGGAGACUACCACCUCUGCUGCUGAGGAGACCACUACCUCUGCUGCUGACGAGGAGACCACUACCUCUGCCGCUGACGAGGAGACCACUACCUCUGCCGCUGACGAGGAGACUACUACCUCUGUUGCUGACGAGACUACCACUUCUGCCGCUGACGAGGAGACAUCCACUUCUGCUGAUGUCACUACCUCAGAAGAAGUUGAUGAGUCUACCUCUACCACUGCCGCCGCUUCUACCACUGACGAGGCGGAUGAGACCACCACAUCUGUUGCUGACGAGGAGACUACCACCUCUUCUGCUGUCGAGGAAACUACUACUUCUGAUGCCGAUGAGGAGACCAGCACUUCAGCUGCUGCUGUCGGUACCACCACUUCGGAUGCUGAUGAGGAAACUUCAACCUCCGCUGCCGAUGCUACCACUUCUGAUGCCGAUGAGGAGACCACUACUUCCGCUGCCGGUGCUUCUACCACUGAUGUCGAUGAGGAAACUAGCACUUCGACUGCUGCUGGCACCACCACUUCUGAGGCGGACGAAGAGACCACUUCAGCUGACGCUGGUACUUCUACCUCAGUUGCUGAUGAUGAGACCUCCAGCGCUACUACUCUUGUCACCUUGACCCGCACUACCAGCACCGCUGAUGAGGAGUCAUCCACAGCUACCUCUGAAGAUCUCACUGGUGCCCCUGCUGGAAUCUCUACCACUUCUUCUGCCGCUGACGAGGAGUCCACCAGCGAGGCUGCUGUUACCACUUCGUCCAUCGCUGAUGAGGAGUCAUCUACCCAGGCCGCUUCUUCUACAUCGGUUACUGAUGAUGAGACUACCAGCCAAGCUGCUUCAUCCACCUCCGCUGCCGAUGAGGAGUCCACUAGCCAGGCUGCCUCUUCUACUGCCGCUGUUGAUGAUGAGACUACGAGCCAAGCUGCUGCCACAACUUCUUCAUCUGUUGAUGAAUCCACCAGCCAGGCCGCUUCAUCCACUUCUGUUGCAGACGAAGAGACUACCACUGCUGCCGCUUCUACCUCUUCUUCUGCUGCCGAUGAGUCUACCAGCGAGGCCGCCUCUAGCACAUCUGUUGCUGAGUCUAGCACCUCUAUUGAGGAGUCCACCUCUGCUGCUGCCACCACCUCAUCCGAUGCUGAGACGUCUUCUUCUGCUGAUGAGUCUACCUCUGUUGCUGCCACCACCUCAUCUUCUGCUGAGGAGUCCUCAAGCCAAGCUGCUUCUAGCACCUCUGCCGACGAUGAGACUACUACUUCUCAGGCUACUACACUGUCGACUGCUGUCCGAACUGAUAGUACAUCUGCUGAUGAGACCUCUUCUUCGGCCGCUGAUGAGACCUCUGUUGCUGAGACAUCUUCCUCCGCUGCUGACGUCACAUCCACUUCAGCCGCCGAGACCUCAUCUUCCGCUGCUGCUGAGACCUCCAGCUCUGCCGCCGAGACUUCAUCUUCAGCUGCUACGUCUUCCUCCGCAGCUGAAACCUCUACUUCAGCAGCUGAGACUUCCUCCUCUGCCGCCGAAACCUCCUCCGCAGCUGAGACUACCUCUGCCUCCAGCACCUCAGAAGCUGAUGCUACAUCAACCUCUGCUGACGAGACCACCAGCCAGCCCACGACCCUGUCCACAGUGGUGCGAACUGAGUCGGAGUCCUCAACAUCUGAGGCUGCAACCACCACUACUGCCGAUGGCCAGUAG